AUGGUCUAUCCUGCGGUCUUAUUGACCGCGCUCCUCUCUGCCCAAGCUGUACUGGCUUCCGAUAAAUCCAAAUCGACAACGGAAUCGAACACUUGCUCUCCCUCAACCGUCACACAAACGGUAACAUCUACAGUGACCGUCUAUGCCGCAUCCACCUCAUCGAUCAAGCAAACCACAUCUUCAGGCUCUUUGCCAUCUUCGUCGUCUAAAAAGGAAGACAAGAAGUUGACGAGCACCAGUUCCUCUGUGAAUACUGCAAAAGCUUUGGACAGUAACAAGUCAAAAUCCUCAACGUCUACGGUAUCAUCUGUCGCUACAACUUUGAAAGUAGCUUCAAGUACUAGCACGAGCAGAUUGGCCGACAACAAAUCGAAGAGCAGUUCUUCGACCACUUCUUCGACGUUGAUCACUUCAGCCAUAACGAGUGCCGAUGCUAGCAACAAGCCUUCUGCUUCUACUUCGAUAAGUGGGCUCACGACCUCAAAAGUUGACGAUCGCAAAUCUUCAGGCUCUAGCAAUGCCUCCAGUAUUUCAACUGUCGCAUUAUCCUCGAAAAUUGAAAAUAAGACCAAGACUUCCACCUCCGCCUCCGCCUCCAUCUCACCCUCCGGCUCUACCGCUUCAGCUGUCCAAGCUAAGUCGACGGUAUCCCUGUCCACUUCGUUCAUUUACGAUCUCGAUAAUCAACCAAUCGAUGCACCAGUCAUCAGGACCGCAACUGGCCUUUCUCUGAGUAAGACCAUGUAUGUUGUGGAUAUGGCUCAAAGUACUGCCGAACAAAUUGCCAACUACCAUGCGAAGGGAAAGACCGUGGGGUGUUACUUCAGUGCAGGUACUUGGGAACCGUACAGAACCGACGCCAAGCAAUUCUUGCCUGAGUGCUACUGUGGACCCAACGUUACGAUCGACUCUACCGGUCGAUGUACGGGCUCAGGAUCCGACGCCAAUCUGCUGGGAGAAUGGGAGAAUGGUGGCUAA